AUGUCGGAUCAAACCUACCAAUCUAGUAUUGAUUGGAAGGCAUCUUCUGAUCAACUGGCUAGACCCACAAAAAUAAAAACCGCGUACCCGGUUUCUACUAUCACAUAUACAGAUUAUAUAACAUCUACUAUAAACGGACUUCAACCUACUUCAAACGCAUACGAAGCAACAAGUUACGCAGAGGAUUUAUGGGAGCAUCGAAUCCAUCGCUUUUUACCUGUGAUACUUGCCUUUGCCAUCAUUGGUAUUCUGACGGUAUUAGGUAGCCUCGUAUACUUAGCCUAUCGUUUCUACCAAGCCAACCGUUCAUCUCGACUACGACGACGCCGCCCAGAUAGUCGCACAGCACGACGUCCAUCUGCUGCUCCAUCUUGGUUAACAAAGAUUUUGCCAAACAAAUUUAGGUCCACACCCAGACAUAUGUCUUUACCCAUUUUGAACAAUCGUCCUACAAUUGAUAAUUUAAAUGUUCCUAUCUCAUCCACAUUUAAACCGAUUGAUAAAUCCUUUCUCACGUUAGUACCUAGGUCCGAGAUAUGGCUGGAUCCUAACCGUAGAAGAGGCGUGGAUGAGCUGGAUAUAUGGGAACGAAAGAAGAGUGGGACAAUUGUGGUCCCUGAAGAGGUAUUACCUGCACCGCUAAUGUGGAGAUUCCCGUCAGCUUCAGCGUAUCCAGAUUCACCAGAUUCGGUUGAUAGAGGGUUUGCCGCAGGUGGGUCAAAUAGAAGAUCUAUUCAUAUCGAAAGUAGGCGUUCUUCUACGACAAUGCAGGAAACUCUACAUAAAAAUACUGCAAGUUGUGGUAAAUCUGAGGUAAGUUAG